UAGCGCAUACUUCUUAAUUACGAAGUAAACACGAAGACUGCAUAAUGGGAUUGCCAGGCGCUCCUGCGAUCAUAACGCCGGCAGUGAGGGCGCAAUAUGCCAUGAACUACAUCAACGACGGCAGCAAGAACGUCGAAGCGCAGACCUACGCCGACAACCUCAAAUCCCAGUGCGGCAGCGAAAUCACCUGCAGUGUCGUGUUUUACAACGCCACCGGCGGCACCCUCACCUACGUCACCGCCCACGACUACCACGGCCACAUCGGCGCUGCCCCUUACCCUCUCAAGUUGCAGAACGGCCAGUGGGGCGCCUUUCUCCACGUCCUUGGAACCCUGGUUGGAUGCUCCGGCGCCGCCGUCUACGACGGUGCGAACGGAGAUGGAGAUGGGCGCGACUGGAUGAUGGCUUGGUCCAUCCCUCUCAUCGGACAUAACCACGUGCGUAAUUACUCUCCAUUUUCCUCUACAACGUAA